GUCAGUGUGUCUGACGUACUCAUUUUUAUAACUAUUGUUUUGUUUUGUUGUUUCGAAGUUUAAAUUAAAGCUUUUGUUUACUUUUAUUUACAAUAAACCCGAUAAACUAAUUAAACCAGAACAGGAUAAAGUUAACCUUUGUUAUGAUUGGAACAAAUACUGAUCAGAAUUGCCAAGCGCAUAAUAAAUUAUUCUUUUAAAGAUUGCAUAUAAUUUAUUUAUUUUCUUUUUCAAACAUAAAAUGGAUUAUAAUUCAGUAACUGAAAACUUUAUAUCAAAGUUUGAAAUUAAAGGUAAACCAGUAUAUGCAAAAAUACUGUGGCAAUACACCAAAGGCAAUCUAUUUCAUAUAAAAGUGUUUAGUGAAGAACAUAGUUGGUCUGGUGAAUUUUCAAAUGCAAUGUGUACAACAUUCGGAGAAAAUUUUGAUGAGAAUCAUGAACAAUACUCAAAUAAUGUAAAGGAUGCCUUAAAAUUGAAAAACAAUAUGUAUGUGUAUGACUUUUUACCAGUUGAAGGUGAUAGCAAUGUUAUGAAAUUCUAUUGGAAAAGAACAUUUGUAGAUUCUACUGCAACAUUAGUUCAUGGUUUUGUGUCUGUCAGGAAAGAUGAAUUAGCGGGAACCAAAAAUGAUAUCAUUGAUUUCCUAAUAAAUGAGAACAAAAAUCUCUCUUCUGCUGUAGAGGAUGACAAGACUAAGAUAGAGAUAUUACAAAAAGACCUAGAAAACUGGAAAAAUGAGUUUGACAAAUUUAUCAAUAUGAAAAACUCAUUAGAAACAAGUUUAUAUGGAAAGUUUGUGCAGCUUUUGAACUCAAAGAAAAAGAGGAUUCGUGAACUUGAAGAACAUUUAAAUGAUUUGUGAAACCUUAAGUUUCAAACCUUUCCUAGUUUAGUUGAAAUUAUUAAGAGAAGUUAUGUUUUUAGUUUUAUAAUAUGAACAUUAAGGAAGAACAGUGCAGUUUAUAAUUUCUUCAAUCAGUUUACUCCACACAAACCGAUCUUCCAAAAAUUUACUCUGUUGCACGUUUCGCUCCAAUACCACAGAAUCCUUACAAGAUGUUAUGUGUCUUUACUUCUACUUCUAAUUCUCUACAAUUGAACCUUAAAGGAUUAAACUAAUAAUUGAUCCUUAUUUUUGUUAAUGCUGUUAUCUUCGGGCUGCCAGCAUUUUCCAAAAGCAUGUGACCACACACAGUCCUCAGCCCUUCUCACCCAGCCACUUUCAGCUAUUUUUAAGUUAUCUAUCAAAUGGACUGCAGGUCUUCCCAAACUGUGCAUACCGGUGUAUGGCCUCCACUCCAGGACAUGUCUGUGCCAAUAGCCAUUGGUUCUACGACAGACAUUACCUACCCAGUGCCACAUCAGCCUGCUUUUUACUUUACUUCUAUAAAUUUCUUCAUUGCAUAUUUUGUCCCUCAGAGAAACUCCUAACAUACCUUCCAAAGGAUGCUGUGUGACUAAACUUCUUGAUAAGGCCUACUGUCAGUGUUCACGUUUUUGCUCCAUAUAUCAUCAAAGGCAGCAACACCUUCACCUUCAGCUUUUAGGGUUUGGGGGAUUGACAAGUUGAACACCUGAAUUAGUUUUCCGAAUGCUGCUGAUCCUAGUUGAAUCCUGUCAGCUUCCUUUUCAAAGUUGUUUCUAGUGAGCUGUAUUACUGUGAUUUGUGCGAUUUAUUACUUGCUGUCAUAUUAAUAGUUAUUUUUGAAUUUAACAUUGUUAUAUAUUUAAAAACUAUAUAGAAUGCCAUAAAAAUGCAGAAAUUCUGAUGAAUUUGUAAUUGUAAUAAAUAAAUUCUCUAUUUCAGUGAAGUAAAGUACUGAAAUAAAAAUGAGUACUUACCUCUUUUAUGAUUAAAGUUAUUGCCUGCAUCUGUAAUAAUCAUAAAUUAUGACUUGAAUAUUAUUAAAAUAGGUUUUAUCAUUAUUGUAUAUAUUAAAGCAAUAAUGCAUUUAUGUAAAGUAGAAUGUAUUAUGCAUGGAGACUUUACAUUCUGCAAUCUUAUGCAGCAUUUAUAGCCAAUUUUAAGAAUUUCUAGUUAGUAUUUUUUUUAUUUUUAUGUUGUAGUGAAAAGAAAAAUUAGAGUAGGUCCUACUUUGUUUACGAAACCACUCUUGAACUGAUGAACUGGUGAAAGUCCAAUGAAAUUUAAUGAAUCAAUAGCAAUGGGUUUUUAAGAACAUUUCACGUGGAUUGCUGUCUACGCUCUCUUUUGACGAUGUUACGCCCCGCCCCUUUCUUUAUGUUCUAGCACAAAUUAAAUAGAAUAGGUCUGUCACGCUUGAAAUUUCGAUACAUGCAGAUAUACGCGGGGACUUAUCGCAGAAGUCCAGUUAGUUUACAUAAGACCUGCAUUGGCCAUCCACGCAGCUGAUCCUAAUGCAAUAUAAAAAUAACAAAAUAACGAUGCAAUGGCUGUU